UCCGUUCCAGUCUGUGCCCCACCCGUGCUGUCCGUACCUGGUUGUGCUCCACCCGUUUCACCCGUGCUGUCCGUACCUGAUUGUGCCCCACCCGUUACACCCGUGCUGUCCGUACCCAGUCGUGCCCCACCCGUUUCACCCGUUCUGCCCGUGUUGCCCCGUUCAGCCCGUGUCCUGCGCCGUUCUGCCCGUGCUGCCUGUUCUGCCCAUGCUGCCCCGUUGUGCCCGUGUUGCCCCGUUCUGCCCGUGUCCUGCCCGUGUUCUGCCCGUGAUCCUGCCCGUGAUUCUGCCCGUGCUUCUGCCCGUACUGCUGCCCGUGAUUGUGCCCGUGAUUAUACCCGUGUGCUGCCCGUAUUUUGCCCAUGUUCUGCUCGUGAUCCUGACCGUGAUUCUGCCCGUGAUUCUGCCUGUGAUCCUGCCCGUGUUGCUGCCCGUUCCCGUGCCAUACUGGCCGUGCCCACCCGCGUCUCCCGUUGCUGCCCGUGUUCUACCCGCGCCCAGUGUCGCCCGUGCUGCCCGUACCAGUCUGCCCAACCCGUGCUGUCCGUACCCGGUUGUGCCCCACUCGUUUCACACGUGCUGUCCGUACCCGGUUGUGCCCCACCCGUUUCACCCGUGCUGUCUGUACCCGGUUGUGCCCGACCCGUUUCACCCGUGCUGUCCGUACCCGGUUGAGUUCCAAGGGGGCAGGCCGCCGUGUGAAGAUCCGUGCAGGGAUUACUAUGGGUGGGCAGGGGCUGGAGUAAGGAAGGGGGGGAGGGGGUGCGGUUCCAGGAGGCGACUGACAUGA